CCCGGUGCAAAAGGCGAAGUAGGCGAUAAAGGUGCUGCAGGUGAGAAAGGAGUACCAGGUCCAGCUGGACCAGCGGGCUUGAAAGGUGAUAUAGGGCAACCGGGUACGGCAAGUUCACCAAGUACCACAAAUGCUCCGGAUAAAAUAGAGUCAUCAGAUGGAGAUACAACACUAGCUCCAUAA